AUGUCGAAGCUCUUCAUAGGCGGCCUAGCAUGGCAUACUGAAGAGGCCACUCUUCGUCAGAAGUUCGAAGAGUUUGGCGCUGUUGAAGAAGCGGUGGUGGUCAAGGAUCGAGAUACUGGUCGCAGCCGCGGCUUUGGCUUUGUGCGCUACACCCAAGAGAAUGAUGCCCAGAACGCUAUAGCUGCAAUGAACAACGUCGAAUUUGACGGUCGAACGAUUCGUGUGGACAAAGCAUCCGACAAUAGCCCUCGCGGAGGGUAUGGAGGUGGUCGAGGAGGAGGUUCGGGAUUUGGAGGACGGGGAGGUUAUGCAGCGCCAAUGCCUUAUGGUCUUCCGCAGCAGUCCCCUGGUUAUCCAGUCGUCGCUCCUCAGAUGUACGCGCCAGUAGCAUAUGGCCGACCUUACCCUCAACACCCGGGAUAUGGCAUGCCUCCCCAGGGAUACGGCGUUCCGCAAUAUGGAUAUGCAGACCUUUCUCAGCAGCAACAGGCUCCCAUGCCUCAACACCAGCCUCCUCCUCAACCACCCCCUCAAGGUGGAAGAGGAUACUAA